GUCUGGAGGCCCGGAGGCAGCGGCGGAGAAGGAGGGAAAGAAGCGGGAGCCGCAGCCCUUUGCUGGCGCUGCCGCGGCAUGAGUCUGCCCCGCGGCUGCUGCUGCUGCUGCCGCCGCCGCCACCCCGCGCCCGGAGCCCGCGGCUAGCCCGGCCGCCUCUCUGGAUGCCGCUGCGCUCGGGCGCCAGUUGCGCGCCUCUCCCAUUCCUCCUCCCGCAGCCAGCGCCGCGGCCCAGCUUUGGAUGAUGACGAUGAACUCUCUGGCCGAGAGCCUGCUGGGGGGCCCGCCGGAUCCUGCCAAGCCCUCCUUCCUGGACUUCGCGCUCGGGCCCCCGCCGUCGCCCCACCCGCUGCCCCAACAGGCGCCCCAGCAACAGCCGCCGCCGCCGCAGCACCCGGCCAGCCUGGCGCCCUACCCGCUGCAAGCCCUGCACCCGCCGCCGCCGCCUCCGCAGCACGACGGCGGCGCCUUCCCGUCCUCGGCCCCUGCCGCCUACGGCAGACCCCUGGCCUACCCCUCCUACCCCGGGCCGGCGGCGGCCGGCGGCAGCCCCCACGCCUUCUACCACCACCACCACCACCACCACGGCGCCUCCUACUCGCCUUACCAGCAGCCCUCCAGCGCCCUGGGCCACGGCACGAGGCUGGAGGAGACCGAGCUGGAAAAGGCCACCAUCAUCGAGAAUGGGGAAAUCCGCAUCAAUGGGAAAGGGAAGAAGAUCCGCAAGCCACGCACCAUCUACUCCAGUCUCCAACUCCAAGCCCUCAACCAACGUUUCCAGCAGACCCAAUACCUGGCAUUACCUGAGCGGGCAGAACUAGCGGCACAGUUGGGUUUAACCCAGACGCAGGUAAAGAUCUGGUUCCAGAACAAGCGCUCCAAGUUCAAAAAGAUCAUGAAGCAGGGCUCCAGCAUCCAAGAAGACCAUCUCCACAGCUCCUCCUCAUUGUCCCCAUGUUCUCCCAACAUACCACCGCUCUGGGACAUCCCCAUGGCAUGCAAAGGAACCCCUCUCCCUCCCAGCAGCUAUAUCAACAGCUUUGGACCUUGGUACCACCAGUCACAACACCAAGAUGCCAUGGGGAGGCCUCCGGUGAUGUGACUGGGAAAGCACUUGCAACUUGCACCCAUCUGCCUCCGAAGCGAGGAUCAGGUACCCCCGGAGCAUGGAAGCAGGUGUGCGUACGGAAGAGAUUGUUUCCUUGAAGGACUCACCAGCACAUCUCUCCCCAACAGCUGCUGUCUGGCUGAAGAGGCAAAGGGUUUGUUCGGAACGGUUCACAGAUGAAAUUCUCAACUGUGGCAGCAAAUGUGAGGUGAAGACUGGGAGAGACCUCCCGCGCAACUGAAACUUGACCAGAAGUCUGGCUCCCAUUUCAAGCAGCGUCUCUUUAUCAGGGAUUUACAAGACUGGUGUCCGUAUUUUGUUCCAAAGAGAGGUUCCCAUGUGACAAGGCCCGCUAUUUCAUCUAGCUGUGUUAGCAGAAUUAGCAUUGCCACUCCCCACUCCCACCCCCGUUGCACCCCUCUUCCUUUAAAAACAGUCAGACAUUAAAUGGAUGAAGUUUUCCCAGGCAGGGAGGUGAGAGGAAAGCUUCAUUUGUGGAACUUCUGCUGUUAGUGGUACAG